CUCGACCGAACUUACGACUUGACACUGCGACUUGCGAUUAGCUAAACUACUAAACAAUUAAUUAAGAGAAACGAGUGAAGAUGUCGAAAGACGAGCGUUCGAUAUGUGUGCUGCGGAAGGUGGUGCUGGAUGGAUUCCUCAUUGCUGGAUUGACCGUAUGCCUAUUCGCGAUGAAGUUGCUGUGGGAGCCGUUCCACCGAGGGUUCUUCUGCGACGACGAGUCCCUCAAGUACCCCUACCACGAGAACACAGUCACCACGCCCAUGCUGAGGUCAUUUGGACUGGGGCUGCCCUUUCUAGUUGUAUUGGUCUGUGAAUGGAUAAUCCUGCGCAAGGAACCUAGUGACACAAAAGUAUUCGGCUUGAGCAUUCCGACCUGGAUUCGUGGGCUGUACUGCACAGUGGUGGCCUUUGGCCUCGGCGCGUUGUUCGUUGAGUUAGCCACAGAGAUCGCCAAGCAAGUCAUUGGGAGACUCAGGCCUCACUUCUUUGAUCUAUGCCGGCCAUCAAUCGACUGCAGUUUACCAGAAUGGCGCGGUCGCUACGUCCUGCCCUCGGAAUACUACUGCACCAGCAACAGCAGCCAGAUCGAGGACAUGCGCAAGUCGUUCCUCAGCGGACACUCCUCCAUCGCGGCCUACAGCAUGGUAUUCUUGGCUCUGUACCUCGAGCGGCGCAUGACCUGGCGAGGGACCCGCGUGCUCCGCCACUCUCUUCAAUUCUCCGCCCUCAUGAUCUCUUGGUUCACCGCGCUCUCUCGAGUGUCGGACUACAAGCAUCAUUGGAGCGACGUACUGGCUGGCUAUAGCUUGGGCGUUGUCUUUGCUAUUCUCGUGGUGUACUGUGGCAUAGACCUGGUCCAGAAGAAGAAGAACCACAUCAUCGUGCCUCAAAACGACGUGUACGUCAUCGGACCGACUCACGCGUAGUAAGCGUGAGUCUACUACGCGGCGUAGAAUACUCUGAAAGCAGUGGCGUAGAUAUGCGUGGGCGAAUGGGGCCCUCGCCCACGGCCUCGCACUUAGGGGGGCCUCGCACUCCUCGCAGAGCCAACCUUUUUGUUACCUUAGAAAUACAUUGAAAAGGGAUCGCAUAUGUGGUUCCGCCCACGGUUAUUUACGCUACGCCACUGCCUGAAAUAACUAGUCUUAGUACAAAAAGUCGCUGUAAUUAAGAUUUUUGCUGCAACCAAGAGGAUAAGAUUACAUUGACGUCGUUUAUAUACGUGAAAUCGAUAUAAAAGAUAAAAUUAAGAAUAUAAAAUUAUAUGUUGACGAUUUCCGGGCCCGGGCCGAGUCAACGGACACUUCGUUUUGUAUAACAGGUGACCGAUGAUCACGUGAUAUUUUCUAUAGAAAAUGAAGUGUUGGACACCUCGGCCUGGACCCGGUCCGUUCUAACGUGGGUCAUCCUUUUUAUUCAGGCACUAUGCGGAAAACUUAUGAAGUAAAUAAUUAGUAACAUUCGUGCUAGUUGAGAUUAUUUCGUCAUGAUACCUCAUUAAGUGUCCGAUAAAAAAAUUACGGAGUUCUUCCUAGUAGCAAAGAUACAUGUAUAUCUUCUAACCUUUUUCUUUGCUAGUAGGUAGAUUAAGCUCUAGGUAGAUGUAAUAAUGUAAAGUAAUAAUUAAUUUUAAUAAAGUUAUCUGUGAUAUGAACUUACUUUAUCUAUGACAAUAUUACACAAAUGAGGAAUAUGUUGUUCUUAUCACUGUCUUCCUCGUUUAACCCGUGUUCAAUAAAGAAGAGUAUAUUAUUCUAUUACCUGUUAAUAGUUACAAAUAUUAUACUCCCGAUACUCCCGAUCAAUGUGUAAAAAUUUUUGCUUAGCUUGCUUAUUUCUGAUAAUUGCAUAUGUGUUCUUGGCUAUAAUGUAAAUAUUAAAAUCAAUUAUUAUACAAUAUGAUACCUAUGAUAAACUACAGCGUGAUAUUUAGCUAAUUUAAAAAAAACAACGCACGUACUAUUCAUAUUUGAAAGCAUUUUACUUUUCAAUUUUAAUUUAAUGCCAUCAGAUAUUUUCUAUUAAAAAUGUAUACGAAAACUAGUAUUUAAUCACACUGAUUUAUUCUCCGAGACCACGGGGACAACGCCGUCCUCGAAACGUCGGAGGUAAAUUUAAAACUUAUUUUACGCGAUUAAGUCCCGUCGUUGUAAAUAAUAAUGUAGUAUUUAAUCAGUAUGACUAUAAGUAGUAAAUUUGUUAAGUAUUUAAAUUUAUUGGUUAAAAUACCUGUACUAUCCAAAAUAUAUAAAUUUAAUUAUAUCAAAUAUUUAAUUUAGUCAGUUUUUAUCUGACUUCUAUUUUGUAUUAUAAUCUCAUUAAAUAUAAAUAAGGUCUAUGUGUUAUAGUUAA